GAAUUGUGAAACCAAAGAAAAUGUUUAUAAUGACAUCACAAUAAUCUAAAGAGAAACUGUCACUUGCUCUUACGGCCUUCUGAAAAAUCAACCGAAAAUUUUUUCUGUGCGUACACUGUCAAAGUUAUAAAGUCUAAAGCCAGUAUGAAAAUUGGCGAAAUUAGAGUAAUUUCAUUUUUACGUGUUUGACGUAUUUUCCUGGAGUUUUCUAAAACUAUGUCUUCAUAAAAUUUGUUUACAUUUGUUUAUUUUCGUGAUCAGUCAGUAAAAAAUGUACAUUUUUGAGUUCUCGAGUUAUUAACGUUUUUAUCAAGAGCUAUAAAUACAAUCUCUAUAAUUGUUUCCAACAACAUCAUAUUUUUCGGUCGAUACAAUUAAAUACUAUUUCGGUGAUAUGAGCAACGCUGUUAUGAUGGACUACGAAUUCAAGAUGAAGACUCAGCAGGAACGAGCUAAAGUCGAAGAUCUUUUCGAGUACGAGGGUUGUAAGGUCGGCCGUGGUACCUACGGACAUGUCUAUAAGGCCCACCGGAAGGAAAGCAAUGACACGAAAGAUUAUGCUCUAAAGCAGAUAGAAGGCACCGGGUUGUCCAUGUCUGCUUGUAGAGAGAUUGCGUUACUCCGAGAGUUGAAACAUCCGAAUGUUAUAAAUCUUAUUCGUGUGUUUCUGUCGCACACGGAUCGAAAAGUAUGGCUGCUCUUCGAUUACGCCGAACAUGAUUUAUGGCACAUCAUCAAAUUUCAUCGUGCCGCUAAAGCCACCAAGAAGCCGGUCAUGGUCCCGAAGGGUAUGGUGAAAAGUUUGCUUUAUCAAAUUCUAGAUGGAAUUCACUAUCUUCACAGUAACUGGGUUUUACAUCGAGAUUUGAAACCAGCCAAUAUUCUCGUAAUGGGAGAAGGUAACGAACGAGGACGAGUUAAAAUUGCUGACAUGGGGUUUGCCAGAUUGUUCAAUGCGCCCCUCAAGCCGCUAGCGGACUUAGAUCCGGUCGUUGUGACAUUUUGGUAUCGCGCACCGGAACUGCUGUUGGGAGCUCGUCAUUACACCAAGGCUAUUGAUAUCUGGGCGAUUGGGUGUAUUUUUGCCGAGUUACUUACUUCGGAACCGAUAUUCCAUUGUCGUCAGGAGGAUAUCAAAACAAGCAAUCCUUAUCAUCAUGACCAGCUGGAUCGAAUAUUCAAUGUGAUGGGAUUUCCACAGGAUAAAGACUGGGAAGACAUACGAAAAAUGCCAGAACACCACACACUUACGAAGGACUUCAAACGCUCGAACUACGCAAAUUGCUCCUUAAUCAAAUACAUGGAACGCCAUAAGAUCAAACCGGAUAGUAAAGCAUUUCAUUUGCUUCAAAAACUGUUACUGAUGGAUCCCAACAAACGAAUAACUUCUGAACAAGCAAUGCAGGAUCCGUACUUUUCAGAAGACCCCCUGCCAACCGCAGAUGUAUUUGCUGGGUGUCCGAUUCCCUAUCCCAAACGUGAAUUUUUAACAGAUGAAGAUCAAGAUGAUAAAGGAGAAAAUAAACGACAGCAGCAACAGCAACAGGCUAACCAAACACAACAGAAUGCUCAACAACAGCAAGGCAAUCAUCAAACUCAGCAACAAAACCAGCAGCAACAACAAGCGAAUCAACAGAAUCAACAGCAACAACAACAACAACAGCAGCAGCAGCAACAACAACAGCAGCAACAACAACAGCAGCAACAAAUGCAGCAACAGACCCAAAAUUCAGUAAUGGAUCACGGGGCAGCCAAGCGAGUUCGAAUGUCGGGACCGAAUGGGCAAUCCAGUAGUGGGAUGAACCAGCAGGACUACCAACAACAGGCACAGCAAGCCGCUGCAGCUGCGGCGGUAGCUCAACAACAACAACAGCAGCAACAACAACAACAACAGCAACAGCAGCAGAUGAUGUUUAACAAUUCUCAGCAGGGUGGUUUCCAGCAAAGGUAUUAACGGCACAGUAAGUUUACCCAUAAUGAUAACUUUAGAAUAGAUGCUACGAAUACUACCAUUCUAAAUAUAAAACAUUCUCAUGA